AUGUUUGUUCCUUUAUCUCAAGAAGCGUAUCGGCACUAUCGAGGAGUCACUAAACGCGCAGAGCUUUUCGAUAUUGAUCAUACAGGAACAGCUCAAAUCUAUUUGACAGCUAUAUAUAUCAUUUCUCAUGGAGUUGUAUAUGCUGCCAAACUUUAUCCAGAGUCAUACAUGGUCCAAGUAUUAGUUGGUGUAGCCAGGGGAGCAGGAUCAGGAGUGAUGAAAAUUGUGGAACAGCUGGUUAGAGGCACAUGGAUACCAUCACAGCAUGAAAUGUUGCGACCAUCGUUUACCACCAAAGCAUGUGUGAUAGCUGCUCUAGUAUUUACCCUAGAGAGAAACAGUAUGUAUGUUACAGCGCCACACGACCUUGUCUACUUGUGUGUUGUGGGAUUCUUCUCCUAUUUCAAAUUAUCGGCCCUUUUACUCGGCGUUGUCGACCCAUCGGCUCCCAUCGAAAACCUAUUCUGUGCUCUUUUCAUGGGCGGAAUAUGCGAUGCGUUACACAAGUAAGU